GUCAGUUCAUCAUUUUAAACAAUUUUUUUGGUUUUGAAAAUCACAAAUUUGUAUUUUUAAACAGACUUUUAUACAAAUACUGAUACUGUGAAGUUAGUGAAAAUGGAGUUUAGUGGCUAAGGAAUAUUGUGAAGUUAAUUAAGUAGGAUGAAAAGUAGUGAAAAGUUAAUUAAAGAAUAAAAUUUAAAAUAACAGACGCUAGAAUUGAAAUUUCAAUAUUUGUAACUUAAACUACUCACCUGAACAUAAAUAAAUUAAUUAAUAUAAUUAAUAAGUGAAUGAUGAGUGCGAGGAAAUAUCCUAAAAACAUUAAUUUAUUUAAAUAACGAGCAUAAAUUGUGAAAAAAACAAAAAGUUUGAGGUUAGGGAAAGAGAAUUUGAGAAAGAGAAUUUUUUUGUUUGUAUUUGUUAUUUUUUUUUUAUUUAACAACAUAAAACCUUAGUCUGCCUGCCUGCCUCUACAUUGCAAAAUAAUGAUUUAAAUGAAAUUUAAUAUAAUUUAUCAUAAACUUAUUAAUCAGUGAUGGUGAUCAGAAUAGAGAGAUUUGAGUGAAAUUGAAGGAAUAACAAGAAGAAGAUAGGAACAAGAAAAAAAUUGUACACAAAUUUAUGUGCAUAAUUGUAAAGGAUGCCUUAUGGAGGAAUUACAACGUUUGGCCAGUCAACGCCACAAUUAGAUUCACCAUUACAACAUACAGGAACAAUUGUUACGCAACAUUUGGGAAAUGCUGCGACAAUCUAUACUGGAUCAUCGGAAAAUGGAAGUCCUAAUAAUGCAAUUGUUUCAUCAAGUGCUAUUCAAACAUCACAAUCCGCUGGAACAUCCACAACAUCUUCAUUGUUUCGGAGUGACGAUAAGAGACUUACACGUGAGGCAAUGGAGAAAUAUCUGCGAAAUCGCAAUGACAUGAUCAUUGUAAUUUUACAUGCUAAGGUAGCACAAAAGUCAUAUGGUAACGAGAAGAGAUUCUUCUGUCCACCGCCAUGUAUAUAUUUAUUUGGUGAAGGCUGGCGUCUUCGACAGGAGCAAAUGUUAAGGAAAGGUGAAAGUGAACAAGGCUCUCAAUUAUGUGCCUUUAUUGGUAUAGGAAAUUCUGAUCACGAUAUGCAACAGUUGGACCUCAAUAAUGGAAAACAGUACUGUGCCGCAAAGACUUUAUUUAUUUCUGAUUCUGAUAAACGGAAGCAUUUUAUGUUAAGUGUAAAAAUGUUUUAUGGAAAUGGACACGAUAUUGGCUUAUUUAAUUCAAAGCGAAUCAAAGUCAUUUCGAAGCCCUCAAAAAAGAAACAAUCAUUAAAGAAUGCUGAUCUCUGUAUAGCUAGUGGGACUAAAGUUGCUCUCUUCAAUCGACUUCGGUCGCAGACUGUGUCGACUCGAUAUCUUCAUGUCGAAAAUGGACAUUUUCACGCGAGCUCGACUCAAUGGGGAGCAUUUACUAUACAUUUACUUGACGAUAAUGAGAGCGAGUCUGAGGAGUUUGCAGUUCGUGAUGGAUAUGUUCAUUAUGGUGCUACUGUAAAAUUGGUUUGUAGUGUAACAGGAAUGGCAUUGCCACGUUUAGUGAUUAGAAAAGUUGAUAAACAAAUGGCACUGCUGGAAGCUGACGAUCCCGUUUCACAACUACAUAAAUGUGCAUUUUAUAUGAAAGAUACAGAGCGAAUGUAUUUAUGUCUAUCGCAAGAAAAGAUUAUUCAAUUUCAAGCAACACCAUGUCCAAAAGAGGCGAAUAAGGAAAUGAUUAAUGAUGGAGCAUGUUGGACAAUUAUCUCAACAGACAAGGCAGAAUAUCAAUUUUAUGAAGGAAUGGGACCUGUUAGAACGCCAGUGACGCCAGUUCCAGUCGUGCAUUCAUUGAAUCUCAACGGUGGUGGAGAUGUUGCCAUGCUGGAAUUAGCUGGUGAAAAUUUCACGCCUGCACUUCAAGUUUGGUUUGGUGAUGUUGAGGCAGAAACAAUGUACAGAUGUGCUGAAGCACUUUUAUGUGUCGUUCCUGACAUUUCACAAUUUCGCGGUGAAUGGCUUUGGGUUCGACAGCCCACCCAAGUGCCUGUUACUCUUGUGCGUAAUGAUGGCAUCAUCUACGCAACCGGAUUAACAUUUACCUACACGCCUGAGCCGGGACCAAGACAGCAUUACACACAGGCGGAUGACGUAAUGAGAGCAUCACAGAAUCGUACGAGAACUGAGAACAAUGCAAAUAAUAAUAACAAUAGUCCAAGUAAUACAGCGAAUCACAAUCCAAGUAGUAAUAGUAGCAGUACACCGUCAACAGCCACUAUGUCACCAGUGAGCCUUAAUCAAAGUUAUCCUUCAUUACCAUCAAUAUCAGAAAUGUCAUCUUGGAAUAUGCACACUGGACUUCAAUAAUAGUUGGAUUUUGUUCGAAAUUUAUUUUAAUACGUAAACGUGCAAUGCUCUCAGGAAGUGCUAAAAUACUUUAUUAUUAUUUUCGGUGAUCAAAUAAUCCUAAAAAAAAAUUAAAAAAAGAGAAAUCUUUUCUUAUGUUCAGGGAGUUUCCAAUGACAAACUUAAAGAAAAAAACAUCGAAUAGAAAUAAUUGUUUCUAUGAACCAAAGAACAAACAAUUAAGGAAGAAUGCCUGAAUGUUUCAGGAUGUUAAUGAAAGGUUUUUUGAUAAUUCCUUACUUAAAUUUUAAAAAAAGACAAUUAAAGUGCAGAAAAAGACAGUCAUUAAUUUAGGAAGGAGGAUUUUCUUCGCUUUGUUGGAAUAUAUGCCAAUUUAUACUGUAGAUUUUUAUUUAUUUUUACCUAAGUAGUAUUUUCCCCCCAUCAAAUUAUUAUGCAAUUACUUUCCGAUGUUAGACAAUUUAUCAACGAAAAAUGUGAUUGAAUGCAUUCGCAUAACGUUUAACGGUUUUUCUAGAUUUGAAAAAAAAGCAUAAAAUUUAAAAUAAUUUGUACCGUUAGAUUUUGAAUUAUUUUUUUAAGAUUAAAUAAUUUACAACAUAGACAAUGUACUUGUGCGAAUGCAUUUUCAUCAAAAAAAAAAUGAACAAUACCAAAUUGAAAAUUUGCGAUGUGAAAAAAUGAACAAAGUUUCAUUAAUAAGUAAUGGACAUAUUUAACUGAUGGAAACAAUCGGAUUUUAACAAAAAAGAUGUAGAGGUAGAUGUAUGUCUUGAGAAUCUUAAGAUAUUUUUGUAAAUAGAGAAAAAUCAAUAGUAUUUUACUAAAUGAAAAGUGAGAAGAAAAACCUUUAGUUUAUAUACUUAAGGAUCUUUUUGGACAGUAAAUUGUAAUUUAUAUACAUCUAUAUAUUGAGAAUGAAUGAAUGAAACAAUUGUAGAAAUUAAAUAAAUGAAAAAAUUAAACAAUUU